UUGGAGAAAGCCAAGUGGCCGAGGCUGUUUUUGUUAACAUUAGGGUGAAGGCCUCGAAAAAUCGGGAUUUAUCGAAAAAACCCUGGAAUGUCGCGGAAAAUUCCAAAAUAUCGGCGAAAGUUAACAAAAAUCAGCAAAUUAGCUUUGCGAAAUAUCUCCGAAAAUUGGGCGAAAUUUCUCCAAUCAUUCAGCGAAAUUUAUAUGAAAUGUCUGGCCGAAAUUUCUCCGAUAUUUCCACGAAUUCCACGAUAUUUCCCCAAAUUUCCAUCCAUGCACACACGGUUCUUUUCAGUCUCUUCUCUCAUUGUCGACGAGUAGCAAGCAUUCGAGGACAACCAUCUCAUGCCGGCGCGGCAGUUAGGGAAAUAUUUCUAUCGCUGAUCGGCGGCAGCGAUCACCGGUCGGAGAUUAAAACCCUAGAACAACCAAAAUCUCAUUUAUGAAACCAUUUGUACUUUUAACUUUAACUGGCUCAAAUUUAUGUGAUAAUCUGCGUCUGCAAUUGAUUCAUUUGAUUUUCAGUUUGGAAUUUACUUUUCCUAGGUUUACAUGUUCUUCCUUAGCUUAAUUGAGCACACACUGCGUUUGCCUCCUCAUCUUCUGGACCUUUCUCUCGAUAAAACCAUCCAAGGAGAGCUUGAGAGUCAAUUCUUAGAUAAGGUUAUUGCGGAUUUGGGACUGUGUAUCUCUGUAUAUGAUAUCAGAUCUAUUGACGGUGACUUUGCCUUUCCUGCGGAUGGUGCUUCAACCUAUACGAUAAGGUUCCAAGUUCAGAGUGUAAGUUAUUCUCCAGUUCCAGUUGAGCAACCAAAAGAGUCAAAGCCAUUUGCCCCCAUGGUGAUUUUGGUAAGUUCAUCCUUUGAACUUCAUCCUUUCAAGGUUUUUCAUCUCUAGAAGUAGGGCACCUCAAGCUCUUUUUCCUUUGGAAGCUGUGUUAUAAUUUUAAGGGCCAACUGCAGAGAGAUAUUGUUACUCCCUAAGAUUUUGUUUUCAUUGGUAAGAGUUUCUAAGUGCUGGCUGAUGGAGCGUGCUCAAAACUAGUUAUGUUAUAUUGUUUUAUGGCUCUUCUUUUAGUUGGGUACCACUCUGGCAGUCGUUUGAGUACAUUGAAUCAAUAUUGCUAUUAUAAGGACUAGAAAAAUAAAGUAAACAAACUUUUAGUAAAUUAUUCAGAAUAAGCUCCCAAACAUUUAUAUUUUUUAGACAAAUAACCUCUUAUUUCUUGAAUUUUUCUAGUAAUUUACUUGACUUCUCGGUUAGUAAUUAAUAUUCUCUAAUUUUCACUAGGAGAUUAUUUUUUAUCCAUUUAUUAGAAUUCUCAUAUAUACAGAUACAUGUGUGUGUAUUAGAUAUGCCUACUAUACUAAGUCUUUAGUUUAUGGGUUGAUGCCACUUGUGGUAAGCCAAAAGUUUAUUCACUGGUGAAGAUGAAAUUGUUUUUCAUGUUGGUGAUAUUGAAAUCUUUCUUUCUAGACAUCAUUUUAUAUGAUAUGGCACUCUUAAUCUAGGACACUGUUAAUAUAUUAUAGGCUUUCUCACUUCACUAAGUUGUAGUUUUUCAUUUUCUCUUCUCUUGUUGAGAAACCUGUUGUCUUUUCGUUUCUUUGCUUUUUGUAUACUGUGCAUGUUUAUUGAUUUUAUCUUCUUCCUUUUUUCUUUGUGCAAUAAAUUGGUUAUUCCAUAAAGUAAAAAAAAUAAAAACCAAAGGCCCAUUUUUAUAGGACUCUUUGUCAUAUUCUUGUUAUGUUCAGGCAUUCCAUUAAUUUAUACAUACCAAAAGGCCCUUUUUUCUGUUACUAAUAUAUACAUAUGUCAUAGGUAAUAAGAACAUAUUUUUUCUAAUGUGUUUGUAAAUGAUAUUUUUGAACAAUGAAUGCAUGAAUGGAAAUGGGGGGAAGACAACUUUAUUGUACAGGAAAUGUUUUGGUUGCUUUUAUAGAACCUAGUGAGCUACUCUGAAUUUCUGUGAAAGCAGCAAAUACCACUUAUAUAUGAAGGAAGAAACAAAUAUAGCUUGAGCAAUAACACUCCCAGAGGUGAUUAAGAAAAAAGGAGGUUAAGCCUGUAAGACAAUUUUGACAGAUCCACCCAAUUUGACCUUAGUCACCCAUUAGAUUACCAAAAACAGAGAUCCAAAUUCAUUUCAAUAUUUGGAUAUCUGAUUGAUUCAGUGAGUUCUCCAAGUAUAUCGUAUAUGCUCGUAGAGAUGGACGCUUUCCGGAUGCUCCGAACUGGUUCCUAUUUGCACUAGUUUUAAAUAAAAAGGCAUUUCUUGUACACAAAUAUAUGUGGAUGUCUUGUGGGAUAUUCAUCAAAUGUGCUUCCUAUUAAUUGAGAGUGUCAGGUAUAUAUAGAUGUGCCCCACUGGAAGAGAAUGCCAGCUUCUGAUUAUUUUGGCUUGUUUUCUUCUUCCAAUCCAAUCUCAAUGCUCUAAGUUCUUCAAUAAGGAAAUUAGUAGUCCUUCGGCAAUCCUUAAAUCUAUUUACAUGUCUUUGUAAAAUGUAACAAUUGAUGUGAGGCACCUUUGUCUUUCUGAAAAUCAACUUUAUGGUGUCUCUUGAAUUUGUUAGGAUUGCUGCUUUUGUAAAUGACAGUUCCUUUCUGACAA